AGACCCCGCCCGGAUUCCCGGCUCACGGGUUUUUAAAGAGUAUAAAGAGAACACACUGUUCUGAUCGUGACUGUCGCCGCUAAACGCUUCGGCUGGAGUGUAUUCGCCUUACUCAUUCACACCGAAAUGGGCCUUCUCUUCUCGAAACUUAUGAGCAUUUUUGGAAAUCAAGAGCACAAAGUGAUCAUUAUUGGUCUGGACAAUGCUGGCAAGACAACCAUUCUCUACCAAUUCUUGACAAAGGAAGUGGUUCACACUUGUCCUACCAUUGGCAGCAAUGUGGAGGAGAUUGUGGUGAAGAACACCCAUUUUUUGAUGUGGGAUCUUGGUGGACAGGAGAGCUUGCGGGCUUCCUGGAACUCCUAUUACUUUAACACCAAGUUUGUUGUUCUGGUUGUGGACAGCACAGAUCGGGAACGAAUUGCAGUGACAAAAGAAGAGCUUUACAAGAUGUUGGCACAUGAGGAUCUUAAAAAUGCUGCAGUGCUGAUUUUUGCAAACAAACAGGAUGUGAAGAACUCAAUGACAGCAGCAGAGAUCUCCCAUAUUCUGACCCUGACCUCCAUCAAAGACCAUGCGUGGCAUGUGCAAGGGUGCUGUGCGCUCACAGGAGAAGGGUUGCCUGCUGGCCUUGAAUGGAUGCGUGCCCAGAUUAUGGCAAAAUAGACCCUGAGCUGACCAUUCGAUUGGUGUGCUGUAUUAAUGACCGGUGCAUCGUUACCUUCCAAAAACAUCGCAGCACCACAUUCUCCUAACAGUAUUUGUCUUCUUAAAACUGGAUUUGAGUAAAUCCUAAGGCAAAGAGAGAUCUUUGGUGUGAGGAAUAUGCAGGAAGACAUGCAUGUCUUGUCUUGGACUCUUAAACCAAAACCUGAAUGGGCCUUGUGUUAAUCUAGGGCACAUAUCAGUGUGUGUGCUCGCUCAGCAAACUGGAAAAUGGACAGGGUGGUCUAAGUGUCAGGUCCACACUUGGACACCAAGGAUGUCCUCAAUCGUUCUUUUCCUAAAGUGUUUCAAACAAACUGGGGAGAAACCAAAAAAAGUGGAUAGCAUGUUCCUUAAGGGCAGACGCUUGAGCUGCAAGAGGAGCUUCAUGUGACUGGGACAGUAUUGUUUGAACUGGGAUGGACUGGACUAUGUGCUACCUCAACUGAAGCUCAAUCGGAUUAUUUUGGGGUGCAUGCUGGAAGCCCUAUUAUCUGACUUGACCAGAGUGUUCUGGAAAUGUAGGUGGCAUUGGACUCCCCGAUAUGGGAGACCUAGACCUCCGCAUUCCCAAAUGUGAAUCUUAUUUUCAUUGUAAUGCAGUUUUUACUUAAACACUACAGCUUUUAUAUUUUUGUAAAAAAAAUAAAGAAUUUGGUUCAAAUUGC